GUAACAUUAACACAAAUUCAUCAUCAGAGACUUUUUAUUAAUUUCUUCAUGUAAUUUCUCUCUUUCUAAGCCCUUUGAAUUGUACGUUUAGGAUAUCCACAUUAAAGUUUGCUUUUACUUCUGAUUUGAAUGGUGGCCCAUUGAGUCGUAACUAUGGAAAGUAACAAGUUAUGCAACAGGUCAAACGUGUAAUUUCCUUCAGCCACAGAUGUCUUGAGCAGUUAUUGCCCCAUUAAACUGGAACUCGCUGUGAAAAUAGACUUGAAACUACAUGAUUACAUUUGUGGAUUUAAAUCUCUGGAUGAAUUACUGUUGGCUGUAUUCCUUUAAAAUAAAACAUGUUUAAACAAGAGAAAUAAAGAGAAAUAUUGCAAGGGGCUGUAGCUUUCUGUGUAAUUUACAGGUCACUGGAUUAUAUGUCUGCUUGUAUUUCAUCUGGAAUCAGAGGAUGUUGCCUUCCUUGUGAAGCUUGAUAUAUUUCACUAGUAACUGUGAUUGAAAAGAAAAUCUGAUGAUCAUUUGAUACUACAGAUGGAGGCUAUCACUUGUGGGUUGACGCUUAUUCAACGAAGGAAAAUUCUGUGUCUUGCAAACAGCAGUGCCACUUCUUCUGAAUGUCUGCAGUGCCAGGCAGCUAGACAACAGACACCACAUCAGGUGGCAUUUAUAUAGCCUGAAUUGUGCGUUGGAUUUGAACAGAUGACCAUCGCGUGAAUACUGACAGUGUUAAAAAGCAGGUCAUCUGGCCCUUUCUGAUACAGAGAAUCAUGCACAUCACAGGAGCUGAAAGACUCAUCCUCAUUGGUGGUCUGCUGCAAGGUGUUCUGUGCCUCGACUUUGCAGCUCUGAUGCCUCAGAAUAUAAAGGCUCUGAGUGGAUCUUGUGUGAACAUUCCCUGCUCAUUUACACUGGGAUCUGGAUAUGAGUCGUUCCUCACAGCUUCAUGUAAAGGAAUAUGGAGGAAAGGGUGGACAGGAGUACAGGUGUUUGAUUCUAGUCUCACAGGAACAGGCUUAAACACCAUUCAAGGGAAUCUAACUGGGAACAUGCAGCAGAAGGAAUGUACCACAAUCCUGAAUGACCUCACAUCUUAUCUCAAUGACUACUUUUCAUUUAGAAUUGAAUGUGACAAUGCUCUGAGAUAUAAUUUUCCAGAACUUGUCACAAUUUAUGUAAAAGAAAAUCCAUCCAAACCCACUCUAAGUCCAGCAACAGUAAAUGUGAUGGAGGGGACCUCAGUGAGUCUGAUCUGCUCUGCUGCAGCACCCUGCCCCUCACUCCCUCCAACUCUGACAUGGACCCCCACACUGAGUGACAGUGUGGAGGAUUUGCAGGUGACUCCGAAUCGAGUCAUAACUUCUAUCCUGAACUUUACCGCUUCACAUGUCCACCAUGGAGAGAAGAUCUCCUGCACUGCGCUGUACAAACGACAAGCUGGCAAGAGUGAUAAAUCAUCCAAAACUGAUCUGACAGUCGCUGUUCUUUACUCUCCCAAGAACACCUCGGUGUCAGUCAGUCCCUCUGGUUCAGUGGUAGAGGGCAGCUCUGUGACUCUGACUUGCAGCAGCAAUGCUAACCCAGAAGUGUGGCGCUACAACUGGUACAGAGUUAUUGGAGAGCAGGUUUCAACAGUGAGGGCUAGCAGAAUGCUAACUGUCCAGGUACCAGCAGAUGACAGUUAUUUCUACUGUGAAGCCAUCAAUGACCAUGGAACCAAGAACUCACCUGUCAUUCAACUAAUUGGAAUGUACCCUCCCAAGAACACCUCAGUGUCAGUCAGUCCCUCUGGUUCAGUGGUAGAGGGCAGCUCUGUGACCCUGACCUGCAACAGCAAUGCCAACCCUGCAGUGAAGAACUACACCUGGUACAAAAUCAAUGGGACUGAGGCGGUCCUUUUAGGAUCUGGAGAGAGCUUCACCUUAGACAGUAAAGCAAGUGAUAGCGGGGAGUACUGCUGUGAAGCACUGCAUGCACUCGGUAAAGAAAAAGCCACAGUUGUUCAGCUGGAUAUUCAAUAUCCCCCCAAGAACACCUCAUUGUCAGUCAGUCCCUCUAGCUCAGUAGCAGAGGGCAGCUCUGUGACUCUGACUUGCAGCAGCAAUGCCAACCCAGCAGUGAAGAACUACACCUGGUACAGAGUUGAGGGAAGGGAGAAGGACAUUGUCGGGUCUAAAGAGGACCUCAACAUCUCCAGUGUGACCAGGCUUUCAAAUGAACAGUACUACUGUGAGGCUCAGAAUGUCCAUGGACUGCAGACCUCUGAAGCCAUCAGUAUCGAUGUAACGUUUGGUUCAGAGAUCCUGAACACCUCCCACUGCAUCAGGAUUUCAGCUACAUCUCAGAUCAGAUGUUUCUGUGAUAGCUAUGGGAACCCUGCUCCCACACUGGUGUGGCAACUGGCUGGAGAGUCUGUCAAUCACUCCACUAACACCAUCAUCAGGGAGGAGCCAAUGGGCCAAGCAGGCCUGAGGAGCUCCCUCACCAUCCACCAAUCACAGGAAGAGAAAAUACAGAGUCUGGUCUGCCUCAGCUCCAACUUUGUUGAUUUUGACAACUUCACAUUUGACUUAACAUCAAUGAAAACAUUGGAAGGUUUCCAUCUUCCCUCUCUGUUGAUCGGGGCUGGUGUGGGGGCAGGAGUGAUGAUGCUCCUAUGCAUCCCACUACUUCACUUCUGCAAGCAUAGGAGAGCCAGGCAGUCACCAAGCAAAAGACAGAAGGACACAGCAGAGUUCAUAGUGACGGAUGAGACCCUCUUUCAGGAAGAGGACAAUGUCUAUGCCAAUAAAGCCAUGCUGGAUGAGGCCCUCGGGCCCAACAGGACAGUGGACAGGGAAAUCGACGACACAGACCUCCUCCACUACGCCAACUUGAACUUCUCCAAACUCCAGGCCAAGGUGGCCGAGCGGGGGGUGGGGGAGGGAGAGAUCAGGGGAGUCGCCUUCAAAAUGACAGAGUACGCAGUGAUCCGCCUGCACUCCACAGGCAGUAUCGAGGGAGGGGCUGAGAAGAAGGAGGCCAUUCCUGCUCUGGAGCAGGGGGAGCACGCUGAGGACCAUGGAACUAAAGUCUUGGAAGAAUCCCAGGCAGGGCACGAGAGUGAUGAGGAAGAAGAAGUUGCAAAGGAUUCUGUGCUGCCAGAGCUACAGGGUGUGACUAAUUAUGCCCUCAGUGUCCAGGAGUAUACAGAGGCCCCACUGGGACAGUCUGAGCAGCACAACCCAGCAGAAACUGCAGUGGACGAGGUGACACUGCUUUCUGAGCCGAAAGAUUCCUCUAAUGGUGAAGAGGAGGAAACAUAUGGGAACAUAUGUCGUGGUCAGGUCAUAUCUGAAGCAAAUUGUGGACAACCUGAGUUAGAUAGUAGGAGAGUGUAAAGGCUUAGUAAGCUGAUGUAUAGAGGGAGUAAAGCUUAAAUGCAGAUAAGGUUGUGAAAAAUCACCCAUAAUGCACUGCAGAGAAAUCCUUGUCACCUUCCAAACUAGAACCACUAUGUCCACCUUUUUUUUUAACACCAGUUAUUCUACAGUGUCUGUUCAUCAGUUGGAUUUUCAUCUCUAUAUAUACAAUAUAUACAAAAGUCUGUGGACACCCCUUCAAAUUAGUGGAUUCGGCUAUUUCGGCUUAAAAUGAAAUCCAAUGAGGAAAUACAUUAGAUUUUGUCCUGCUGAUCUACACAACCAACUCCACAUUUUCAAAGUGAAAGAACAAUUCUAUAUAUAUUUUUCCAAUUGAAUAAAACAAAAAAACAAAGAUGUCUUGAUUGCGUAUGUCUUCACACCCCAGAGGUAAUACUUGGUGGAAGCACCUUGGGCCGCCAUUAUAGCUGUGAAUCAUUUUGAAUAAGGUUCUACUAACUUUUCACAACUCUUAGGCUAACACAUACCCAUUGUUUUUUGUCCAAAUAGCUUAAGCUCAGUAAAUUUGGUUUGGGAGUCAUUGAUGGACAGCAAUAUUCAAACAUUGUCUCUAAUUGUCAAGCAGAUUUAAGUCAACACAAGCCACAGUACUUGAAAAUAGAGAGGGUUUCACUCUGUGUUGUGUAGUUCUGGAUUUGGCCCGUGGUUUUUAAUUUAGGCCAGAAAAAUGCAUUUCCCGUGUUGUCUUGCAGUAUUACUUAACAGCCUUUUUGCCAACAGAAUGUUUGAUUUGAAGUGGAUUUUUUUAAACACAGGCUUCCUCCUUUUCACUUUUCUAUAGAGGCUAAUAAUGUGGAGUGAAUGCAAUGUUGUUGAUCCUCCUGUUUGUGGUGGAAACAAUGUGUUAUUGGUGUGCUUGACCUCGGCAGGGAUUGGACAGUUUGUCAGGAUCACAAUGUUGUUGAUCCUCCUGUUUGUGGUGGAAACAAUGUGUUAUUGGUGUGCUUGACCUCGGCAGGGAUUGGACAGUUUGUCAGGAUCAUAAUAAAUAUGAAAGGAGCAAAACCCAGAUUAACAAAGCCCAGAUUCAGUCUUCUGAAUACCAAACACUGGGAUAGAGUUGUAUUUUUCACCGAGUCAAUUGCACACAUUUUAAUCUCAAAGACACACCAGAAUGGCUUUCCAAUAGCUGUUGACUGCUUCUGAAUGGUCCAGUGUGGUUCAGUCCUGACUUAAAUCUGCAUGAAAAUUUGAGACAAUGGCCUGGACUCAAUCCGUAUCGCUGUAGUCAAAUCCAAUGGAAAUCAAAUCAAGAAGCUGAUUUUCAAGGUUUGAAUUUUGCUGUCCAUCAAUGACUCCCAAACAAAUUUACUGGGCUUGAGCAAUUUGGACAAAAACAAUGUGUAUAUGUUGCCCUAUGAGAUGGUCAAAGUUGGUAGAAUCUAAUUCAAAAUGAUUGACAGCUCUCAGGUGCUUCCACCAAGUAUUUACUCUGGGGUGUGAAGACAUACAUAAUUAAGACAGCUCCGUUAUUUUUUAUUUAUUUAUUAAUUUGGAAAAUGUUCUGUAUUUUUUUCUUUCACUUUUAAAAUGUAGAGUAAGUUAUGUACAUCAGUAGGAAAACAUUCAAAUGUCAUACAUUUUUUAUUUACUUUUAAGGCAGUAAAAUGUUAAGACUGUGCGGGGGCGGGGGUAUACACUUUCACUAGGCACUGUGUAUGUUUUUUUAUUCUGACUUUUUAACUGUGUUUUUAUAGAUUAGUGUCGCUCCUUACAUACAUUUCCAAUUAAUUAAAUGUUCAUCUUGCAACAGUUAAGAGUGUAAUAUUUGUUUGUUUUUCAAAGUUUUGUUCCUCUUCUAUGAAUUUGUAACUUAUUGUUGCACAGAAAAUGUGUAUUUAUGAACUUACAAAAUGUGUGUGAUGGUUAUGAAUCACUUCAACAUGUUGUAUUAUUGUUUUUAUUGUCUUUUUUAUUGAAAAUGUAUUUACAAUGUUUAAAGCUGAAUACAGGUGAAUACAGGUUACAAGCAGUCAGUAAUUUCAGCAUGAUUCAGUAACUAUGUAAAGUCAGAAGUCAGUAAUAAUGCACAUUGCAAUGUUAAACAAAUAUGAAGACAUGGUGUCAGUUGCAUAGCAUAUACACAAUAGCACAUCCUGUAAUAUGGGAAAUUUCUAAACAGUGAAGCAUUUCUGUUUUGACAGCCUAGUAAGCACACAUUGCAUUGAUGUACCACACGAUGUUCAAACCCACUUUGAAUGACGUCAAUAAACUCUGUUUUCUGCCAUUGUG